CUGUGUCUGGUGCCUUCUGGAGGUGAGCUGACUCCUGUGUGGGUCAUCGUGGUCGUUUGAGGAGCAGAUAUGUGGGACGGGCAGUCUAAAACGUGUCAUGUGCACGCCCUGUUCGAUGCCUUUGUUCAAGCCGCCACAUGCAAGGAGACCUUCAGGGCCUUCCAGGAGCUGUGUGAAGAGCUGAAGCUGCAUCCCAGCGGUCAGCCGCAGUUCUACCACACCCUGAGGAGCAGACUGCACUACUGGAAGGCCAAAGCACUAUGGGCCAAACUGGAUAAAAGAGCCAGCCAGAGAGAAUACAUGAGAGGCCAUGCUUGCACCAGCACCACGUGUCUAAUCAUAGGUGCAGGUCCGUGUGGAUUGCGGACCGCUAUAGAGCUGCGAUUUCUUGGCGCCAGGGUGAUUCUGGUGGAAAAGCGAGAUGCUUUCUCACGGAACAAUGUUCUUCACCUUUGGCCGUUCACCAUCCAGGACCUCCGUGGUUUGGGGGCCAAAAAGUUCUACGGGAAGUUCUGUGCUGGAGCCAUAGACCAUAUCAUACCUGCAGCAUCCUCAGGAAUCCCUGCCAUUUGUGCUUGA